GGUUGGUGCUGGGGGCAUCAAGACGCGGUCACCGUGGCAAGGAGGUGGUGCGACAUCAUCGUUAAUAUUCCUCUACAAACGUGUUUGUGCUCCACGUCGUUAUCACAGCGUUGCGUUAAUCUUUGUUUCGCUGUUCCUAAAUAGUUUGCUAGGUUUGUAAACGUGCGCAAGCAGUGAGUUGGAUCUGCUGGACGUCGCUGCAACAUCAGGUGCAGGCACGCAUUGCGAUGGAGACACGUGCCCUCCCCAUCCACCUCCUCUCCAUCCUCAUCAUCCUCAUCACCACCACCCGCCUGCCGCCCGUCUGCCUCGCCGCGCCCGCCCCCGCAGCCGCGGCGGGCUACCUGGCGCAGCUGGCGGGCCGGGAGCGCCUCUGGGUGCUGGUGGCCCCGGAUCCGCGGGACCGGAGCUUCCAGGCCAUGAUGUCCUUGAUGAGCCGCGACGCCUACUGCGAGCUCUCGGAGCGCCAGGUGCGCCUGCUGCUGGUCGUGGUCACGCCGGCGCCGGGCGGCGUGGCCGGAGGCGCUCUUAACGCCACAUUGCGCCGCGUGUCGCACACGGGGAGGCCCCUGGACGAGCCCCUGCCGGCCUCGGCCCCCGUGCGUGCCGCUCUGGCCGCGAUGCGCCUCGACCCGCGCCGCUUCGGGAUGGCGCUGCUGCGCAAGACGCUGCAGGUGGAACGGCGCCUCGUCACCCCCGUGCGCUUCCAGGCUCUGCUCAGAGCCAUCGACGUGAUGCCAGCGCGCAGACGGGAGCGGCUCGGCCGCAGGGGAUGGGCGCAGCGGUGCCGGGAGACCGCGGAUGCCCCGGCGGCACGGGCGGCACCGGCGGCAUCGGCAGGAGCCCCGCCAGGCGCGGCACGGAGCGCACAUCGGGUGCCACCGCCACCCCCGGCGCGGAUGAACGUGCCCCGAGUUCCCCCGACCUUGGCACCCGUGGCACCUCCAGCUCCCAGGGUCCCUCCAGCCUCCAGGGCUCCCGUGGCCCCUGCAGCUUCCAGGGUCCCCGUGGCCCCUGCAGCUCCCAGGGUCCCUCCAGCCUCCAGGGCCCCCGUGGCCCCUCCACCCUCCAGGGCCCCCAUGGGCGCGCAGCGCGGAUGCGGGCGCGGUGAGGCGUGCGGCGGCGGCGACGGCGGCGCGGGUGUCGCUGGAUCCGCGCGUGGAGGAGGAGGAGGAGGCGGCGCUGAGGCUGCGGGAUCCGGGGCAGCGGCACUCUCCGCCUUCCUGCAGCACUUCAGGGGCAGGAGGCGCCUGCUGGUGCUGGGUGCUCCGGCCGAGGAGGACGCUGCUUACCGCGCACAGAAGUUCGCGCUGAAGGGUCGCGAGUGCGAACUUGCGCUCCGCAAGGUGAGCGUCCUCGCGCUGCUUGGGAAUGCGUCUAUGAGCACCCUGCGCAUCGACCACCACCACACAGGUCACGCGGAACAAGUGGCCCUGAACGUGCGGAACGAGCUCAUCUCCUUCGAGAUGCUGGGCGCGCUGCGGCACGAGUUCGGCCUGCCCCACGCCACCUACCGCCUCGUGCUCGCCGACUACGACAUGCGAGCCACGGCACACUUUGAGAACCCCGUUCCGCUGGACACGCUGCUGCGGGUGCUGGACCAGCUGCCCUCGCGCCUGCAGGAGCUGGCGCUGGAGACGGGCGCGCGAGCGCGCUGCGGUUCUGGCCGUGGAGCCGCGGGCAACGCUCUCGCCCACUUGCUCAGCAGGUUCCACUCCAAGAAGCGACUCUUUGUGAUCUCGUCGCCUGGCAAGAGAGAGCACAGCUACGUGCAACAGCUCCACGCCCUCCGUGGCCAGGCCUGCUCGCUGGGCCUGCGCCACGUGGUGGUCAUUCAGCUGCUGGGCCUGGACCAGGAUGUGCAUGGCCAGCUGGAGAUCUACCCCGCCAAUGGAAAGCCGCACGCGGUUGAGCGAGAGAUGAUCGACAGCGUCAUGGCACGCAACCUCCGCGCUCACUUUGGCCUGCGCGAGGAUUACUUCUCCAUGGUGCUGGUGAGCAAGGAGGGCGAGGUGACGUCGUGGUUCCCGUCGGCCAUGUGGUCCAUGGCGAUCGUGUACGACCUCAUCGACUCGUCGCCUUCCCGCCAGCACGAGAUGGCUCUGCAGCAGAGCAGCGGGCUGCGUUGCCCAGAGAGGGUGAGCGCUGGCAAGGCGAGAUUUUAAAACUCGGCCACGUUCAUCGCAGCGCGAAAUAUCUAAUCCUUUACUCCCGUGGUUACAAUCAGGGAUGGCUGUUGUACUCUGUGCAUUCAGGAAAUCUGAAAACCCAUUUUUUCCACGUAAGACCACUUUGGUCUUGUCACGACCAUUCAUAAAAGGAGCAAUUAAUUUACAAACCAGUUAGUGUUCCCCUGCAGGUGGGUUUUCGGUGUGUUUUUUUUUUGUCAAUGUGUGCUGCAAGCAAUUACACUUGUUGAUUUUUCAACUCAAUGGAAAACAUGGUACACUAAAUUGGUAAAAGUGCAGGUUGUUUACGUCGCUACUGGCAGAUGCGCCUCCACUGGAGAAAGCUCUAGAGAUGCCCUCUCUAGAGGCUAUUUUGGCCUAUUCUUCCAUGCUGGCCAGACUUAUUGGAAGAGAGGUGUGAGUACCCACACUCUACCUCACCACACCACGUGACCUACCGAUCCACUAACUGUGGUAUGCCUCUUUAUACUUUUGGGUGGACAGAGGUGGGAUAGACUAAUUGACUGCGAUUCUUGCAAUAAAGUAAUUUUAUCGGGCUCAUAAGUGGUGGGGGGAAAAUAAUCACUUCUGACAUGAAUACAGCAGGCAAUGUCUACGUAUUUGUUUAUUUGAGCUCUAUUCCAUUUGAGCUGUAGACAGGUGACACUAGUUAACUGCAUGCCCAUGUUUUUGAAAACUUGUUAUCUUCGAUGGGCCAUGAAAUGCAUCACGUAACUCAUUAAACAAAGUGUGCAACAUAAACAGGCAUCUCCACACACUCUUAAAAAUACAUUUCAGUGAUGUUCGUGAAACUUGAGUGAAAAUAUCUAAUCAAAACCCUUGUUCACCCGGAUGAAAUUCAACUGCUCGGUUUUAAAAAUGUAGUAACGGGGGGGGGGGGGGGGGGGGAUCUGCCUUGGAUUCAAGUAUCCACUCUGCCACCACGACAUGAGUUUAAGACUCAUCUUUCUGGGACUCUGUAGAACACCCAAUCAUGCCAGGGAAUGGCACCGGAAGAUGACACCUGAUCUCAGACUUUUGAUGCUCGGGGUGGAUUUAACCAUGGCAGAAGGUCACACUUGGUGCUGCUGUCUUGGGGCCCAUGGACUUGGAUGGAGCACAGAUUGACUCCACAAACAGUAACCAAUCAAAAAUUACGGGACGGUGAGGGGAUUCUGACAGCAUAAUGGCACCAUGAUACAAUCUCAUGAUGUCAUGGCCCAAGACCAGAGAUGACCAAUAAGGUUCUGAUCUGUCUCAUGGAGAUUUGUGUGGAAUUGUGCUCACAGCCUACAGAGUGUGAGCCGCGCAUUAUGACUAAAGCUACGAUUUUGGAAUGACAAUGUUUUGCAAAAAAUAAAACAAUUAUGAAAAGUUCACGGAAUAACUUUCGGGCAGUGCUCCAUCCAAAAUUCGCUUAAAUUUGAACAUUAUACUUACUUUGAAAUGUAAAAAACUUUCAAUUAUUAUUGUAGUGUAUUUUACUGAAAUGAAGUGGCUAAUUUGUAUUUGAUUUCGAUAUAAUUGAUCUGAAAUGCAUUUAAAUAGUCCCUCCUGCCCUCUGCCACAUGGCCACCGUGGCUUUGGAAGCAAUCAACAUCGUGCACAGAGAAUGCAGAUUUCUACUUUUAUAACAUUUUUUUUACCAUUUUAUGGAUGAGAAUGACAUUCAUAGUGAGUGUGAGGGCCAGAAAACACUGUGAUUUUCCCACCCAAUGGGCAGUUGAACCUCCACAAACUAGAAUGUUUAUCAGGCUUCACGUUUCUCCCACGUUUGCACCCCCUCCCAAAAUGAACACCCCCCCUUCACUCUCUCUCUCUUUCUUCCUUUGUACAAAAGUGCUACACAGUUAUCCACUUAAUGGAAAUACAACCAGUUGCAUUAUUUUGUGAAAGAGCGACAUUUAAGUACCACAUCAGCUGUUUUUCCAUUUUUUUUUAAACACCAACCAACCCCACCCAUUUCUAAUCCCAUCAAGCAACAUAACAAGAUCAACUUCACCGAAUACGACGUAUCGUUAUUGGGCCAACCUUACUCGCCAGUGGAUUAAAUUCCCUUUUAAAGCUCCUCACUGCUGCAUACAAAAAUCACACUGCCGAUUAACAUGUGCUGCAUUCAUGCGUGAAAUCAAUGAGCUGCUUACUGUAAUAUCGGUAUGAUAGGCACAAUAGCUGGAGGAUGUGGCUUUUAAUUGGUCUGUUGUGAGCUUGAAUCUUCUAUAGGGUUGACCUAGCCCUUCAUUGAAGAUUACACUGCAGAACUGCGAUAUUGGAUAAAAUACAUUCCUGCGGAGGGAGCUGGUAGGAACGUUGGGUUGCUCGGUCAAUGGCCAGGGUCAACGGCGGCGUGGUGUAUUUCGCAAAUAUGGCCGACUGUGAGGGCGGGCACAAGCCGGCGUGAGUAGGUUACACGUUGAGUUUUAUAAGGGCACCACGGGGUGACCAGCCGCUCCC